UUGUUUAUGUCAAUUGUCAAUGUCAAAAAGUGAGGUUACUCGGAAAUAAUUAUUAUAAAUGCAAUAAAUAAAUUAUAUUUUUUGUUUUUGUCCUGAAACUCUGCAUUUCGGGCUAAGUACUCGCUAAAAUAAUGGCUCUAAUGCCUUUCCGUACGCACGUAAUGCGACUGGUCGCACAGUGCGGGAAUUAUUGCACACUACAGAGGUCUAUGGCUUACAAAAGCGCGAUUUCUUUGGAAACCCUGUAUCCAAAUAGUACUUUGAAGCUGUCCACACCUUCUUUUACACCAAAUCCUAAUGAGAAGUUCUCAGGCUUCAUCCCUCUGAAUAAGUUAGAAAUACAAUACAGUGCUAGCUCAGGACCCGGGGGACAACAUGUCAAUAAGGUGCACACAAAAGUGGAUUUAAGAUUCAAGCUCAGUGAGGCGGAUUGGAUCCCAGCUGAAAUUAGAGACAAAAUGAUUGAACUGCACAGUAACAAGUUGACCAAAGAGGGCUACCUGGUCAUCCGCUCUGACGCCACAAGGACACAGCAGCUGAACCUGGCUGACUGUCUGCAGAAGCUGAGGAACAUGAUCCGAGAUGCUGCCGUGACUAAACGGGAACCGAGCCCUGAAACUGAGGAAAUGAUUAGACAAAGGCACUUAAAGGCGUCGCGACUGCGUGUGGCGAUGAAGCGCGAGGAGGCCCUGAAGCGCGCGGAGAGGCGGGCGCCGACUGUGGUGGACUUAUGAUUUUUCUAUUAAAUUGGGUACUUUGCUACUGGGGAACUAUGCGACAUGAUAAAAUAGAGACAUAUGUCCAUGGCAUACUAUGGUUUCACUUUCUGGGUGUCUAGUCCAUUGCAGCAGAACCCGACAAUCCUGUUCUGCAGAGCCCAUUAACGACGUGGCUUUCCCACUCGUGUUAUUCUCCCUGCCCAGCAAAAUGAUGAACUUGAACUUUGGAUGGUGUGAGGCUUUGGCUGUGGCUAGUUACAAACAUUUAGCAUUCCAGUACAAUGUUGGUUGUUGAUGACAAAGUUUGCUCUUACAAUGUGGCUGCUGAUGACAAAUGAAUACACACAUGUCUCAUUCUCAAUCAUUGUGAUCAGUCGUUAUAGUUCUACACCCAGCGAAAAAUACUUCACCAUUUUAUUAUGAAAAUGGUGAAUACAUUAACAGUUGUUGUUAUGUGUAACAUUAUUGAAAAUUGCUCUUAUUAAGGAUCAAGACUUACUAUUAAACAUUUUAUGUUGUGAUUCGUAUGUAGUAGUCAAUGCUGUGGUCUUCACAGCUUAUUUAAUAUUAUUAACAACAACUGUUAAUAUGUGCCCAAUUUAAAAAAUAUAAAUGUGUAAUAAUAAUGAAUAAAAAAUGUUUAGAUGUAGCCCACAUUGUAGUUAAGUUCAAACAGCUUUGUAGGUACUGAAACUGCAAAAAAGUCAAGAAAUGUUUUUAUACGUAUUUUUACAUAUAACUUAUGUAUAAAAUCUAAAAUAUGUCAGGUUUUAUGUUUUAUAUUUUUAUGUUUAAUUCCUUUUAAUGCCAAAAAAACAUUAAAGUUUCUUCAUACAUAUAAUACCUGAGUGCAUGUUUAAACUAAUAAGUAAAUAAACAAACUCAUCUGCUUUACAACAUUAGUAAUGUUAGUAAUGUAAAUCUUUAUUAACAAGUGACCGUCAAAGUUCGUCAAAAAAAAGCUACAACAUGAGUGUAAAAUUUAUCUCAGUCUAAUAAUUAAAGUAUAAUGUAAUUUAUUGUAUAAAGGUGAACACUUUUUAAAAGGGCAUGGUGAUUUUUUGUUCUUUUUCUGUCCACAUAUAAUCUAAACAGUAGAGUUUAAAGCAAAUAAUAAGUGUAUCGAUAACUCUGGCCAAUUUCCUCUAUGAUCGAUAAUAAUAGCUACUGUACCUUGGCUGUUUAAACUUUAAUGAAUAAAAUUAUUAUUAAUAUUAGGUGUAGCUUCAAACUUGAAUUGAUUAAUAAAUAUGUAAAACAUU